AUGGGGAAAAGAUCUGGAAACAGUUUCAAAAAGGGCUGUUCAUUUAUUGGAAAUAAGAUACAAAAUACAGGAUCUUCUAGCAGCUCAAGUCAAAGUGGUGGAUCAAAGCCUAUUUGUACUCAGUCUGGGAGGAGACACAGAAGAGUUUGCCAUCGGGUAUCUGGUGCUUGCUUCUGGUGUGGCAAAACGGGCCACGUGAUAAAAGAUUGUCCAAUCGAGUCAGAGAAUACCAACCGUCCUAUAGCAAGUUCAACAGGAUAUGCUUCUGCGUCAAAAACAAAUGCUAGAACUAAUACUGGGAAAGAACCUCUAAGACAAGGUCGAGUGUUUGCCUUAAUGCCUGGUGACGUACAGAACACCGAAGUUGUGGUGUCAGCUAUACACCCUAUAUGUUCUCAAAAUGUAUGUGUACUGAUAGGUUCUGGUUCUACGCAUUCUUUUGUAUCGCAUGCUUUCUCUCAGAAAUUAACUAAACCAUUAGAACCUAUGCCAUAUGUGUUAUCUGUAUCUACACCGUCUGGAGAUUCUAUGACAUGUGCUUAUGUUUAUUCGGCAUGUGAUAUUGUGAUUAGUGAUAUGACAUUUGCUGAUGUGGAAACUAUUCCUGUUGCUUGUGAAUUUCCCAAUGUGUUUCCAAAUGACUUGCCUGAAGACUUAGUUGGUAGUGAAAUUGAAUUCACUAUUGAAAAAGAAUUGUUAUGUGACCUGGAAAAGAAUGAAAUUAAGAUUGUGAUGCGUGAACAAGGUGAAAUCUUAGCUGUUAUUUCCGCUCAGCUUGCAAUCAUUGAAGAAAUUAAGGAGAAACAACCACAAGAUGAAUUCUUGAAAAAGAUCAUGGAUGAAAUUGACUCAAAACCAAGGCCUGAGUUUCUCCUUAUGAGGCUUUGUAUAGAAGGAAAUGCCAUUCUCCUAUCUGGUGGGUUGAAGUAG